UGCCGGGGCUGCGCUUUCCCCCAGCGCUGGGAGCAGUGACUCGGAGUGGGCUCCUGCCUCCCAACAACCCGGAAAACAAAGAACAGGAACUUGCAGAUGCAAGAAAAUAAUUGCCAACAAAGGGUGCUUUUCUAUGAGAGGAAAAUUAUGGGUUCUGAAGAGAAUACCAAAGAAUUGUAUAAAAUAACCCCUACUCAGCAAGCAAUUGCCUCUUGUUGUGGAGCUAUUGUUACAUCACUCUUGGUGACACCUUUUGAUGUUGUCAAAAUUCGACUGCAAGCCCAAAGCAAUUCAUUUGCUAAUGGAAAAUGUUUUGUAUACUCCAAUGGCCUUAUGGAUCAUGUAUAUGUCUGUGAGGAUCAGAACAGCAAACCCUGGUAUAAGAAACCUGGCCAUUUCAGAGGGAUGUUGGAUGCGUUUGUGAAAAUUAUUAAAAUAGAGGGUAUUAAAUCACUAUGGAGUGGACUUCCUCCAACGCUAAUAAUGGCAGUUCCAAGUACAGUAAUUUAUUUUACCAGCUACGAUCAACUGAGUGAAGUUUUGAUAUCUAAACUAGGAAAAGACAAUGACCACAUUCCAGUUCUUGCAGGCUCCAUAAGCAGAUUGGGUUCAUUAACUGUAAUAAGUCCACUGGAGUUGAUCAGAACUAAAAUGCAGUCUCGCCAAUUAUCUUACAAGCAACUGCGUAUAUACAUUAAUAAUACAGUGGCCAAAGAUGGUUGGCGUUCGCUCUGGAGGGGGUGGAGCCCCACUGUUCUGAGAGAUGUACCUUUCUCAGCAAUGUACUGGUAUCACUAUGAACUCAUGAAGAAGCAGUUGUGCAAGACAUUUGAUGCACAUGAACCAACGUUUAUGAUCAGCUUUACUUCAGGGGCAGCAGCUGGCUCUAUUGCAGCUACAGUAACUUUGCCAUUUGAUGUGGUGAAAACACACAAACAAACUGAAAUUUGGGAAUAUGAGACCUUAAACUGUCAUGUUUUCCAGAUCUUUAAUCAUUUUUGUUGCUCUUCUCUGGACUUUCUCCAGUUUAACCACAUCUUUCCUGAAAUGUGACACCCAGAACUGGACACAAUACUCCAGCAGAGGCCUAAUCGUCACGGAGUAGUGCAGAAGAAUUACUUCUCCUGUCUUGCUUAUGACACUCCUGCUAAUGUAUCCCAGAAUGAUGUUUGCUUUUUUUGCAUUACAGUUACCCUGUUCACUCAUAUUUAGCUUGUGAUUCACUAUGACCCCAGAUCCCUUUCUGCAGUACCUACUCCUAGGCAGUCAUUUCCCAUAUUGAAUGUGUACAACUAGUUGUUUCUACCUAAGUGGAGUACUUUGCAUUUGUCGUUAUUGAAUUUCAUCCUAUUUACUUCAGACCAUUUCUCCAGUUUGUCCAGAUCAUUUUGAAUUUUAAUCAUAUCCUCCAAAGCACUUGCAACCCCUCCCAGCCUGGUAUCGUCCACAAACUUUGUAAGUGUAUUCUCUAUGACAUUAUCUAAAUCAUUGAUGGAAAAUACUGAACAGCACUGGAUCCAAAACUGAUCCCUGAGGGACCCCAAUCAAUAUGCCUUUCCAGCUUGACUGUGAACCACUCAUAACUCUCUGGGAAUGGUUUUCCAACCAGUUAUGCACCCACCUUAUGGUAGCUCCAUCUAGGUUGUAUUUCCAUAGUUUGUUUAUGAGAAAGUCAUGCAAGACCGUAUCAAAAGUCUUACUAAAGUCAAGAUAUAGCACAUCUACCACUUCUGCCCCCAUCCACAAGGCUUGUUACCUUGUCAAAGAAAGCUAUUAUGUUGGUUUGACACAAUUUGUUCUUGACAAAUCCAUGCUGUUACUUACCUUAUUAUUUUCUAGGUGUUUGUAAAUUGAUUGCUUAAUUAUUUGCUCCAUUUUAUUUCCCAGUACUGAAGUUAAGCUGACUGGUGUAAUUCCCUGAGCUGUCCUUAUUUUUCUUUUUUAGGUGGGCACUAUAUUUGCCCCUUUCCAGUCCUCUGGAAUCUCUUCCAUGACUUUUCAAAGAUAAUCACUUGUGGCUCAGAUACCUCCUCAGUCAGCUCCUUGAGUAUUCUAGGAUGUAUUUCAUCAGGCCCUUGUGAAUGGAACAUAUCUAACUUGUCUAACUAAUUUUUAACUUGUUCUUGCAAAGCUAAGACUUAAAAUGUAGAUGGCCAACCAGAAAAUAUGGCUGUCCUAAUGUUUAGGCUGGGGUGUCAUUACCUCAAGUAAACUAACUAUUGUUGUUGGUUUGUCGUCCUAAGGCAUUUCUCUUCAGGUUGCUUGUUCCAUUUUGGACAAUUGUGCCAAGGUUUUUAAUUUUAAUUCUUUUCCAGUGUGUGUCUGUCUUUGUUGGUCAUGUGUUUUAUCAAUUUAGUAUACAUUAAAAUGUCACUGCAACCACCACUUUGAGUCAGAAGUGAGAAUAUAAUAACUUAUUUUGAAAUUCAUGUAAGUAGUCUAGUUAGAUUAACAUCUAGUUUGAAAUUUAGCUUUGCUCAUCUAGAAUAGCACUAGUUUAGUCUUUCACUAGGACUGGUUGCUGUUGCAGUUGAAUGUUCUCUGUGACUGCAUCCAGAAGUGUGUUGUGUUCCAUGUCCCCUUUCGAGUCAGGGCUGGAAAGCACCUUCAGCUGAGCCUCAUAUUUCCUUCAAUUCUGAAGAGCACCUUUGCUGCAUAUAUGGAUGUUGGUUUGUUUUGAUUAAGUUUGUUUGUCAUCUGCAAGCCCUUUUCCUCUCUGGGCCCUGUGACAGCAGGUGAUUCAAGUGACAUGAAAACUGUUUCUUCAAAGUAUAUCUAUUUGUCAAAAGGAAUACAGGGUCUAGGAAAAUGGGUUUGUGACCGGGGUCCCAGUGGGGGCCAGCUGAGGUUACUUGAUUAGGGUGAAUUGCAAAGAAUGGGGCAGAUAAUUCCCAAAGCUGGUGGAUAUUUUCAAUACUUAGAUUUACCAAACCAGUAUAAAACAGCUUCUUUAUUACCUCCCUGGUUGCCCAGAAACCAACAAUACAGUUCCCUCAAAGUAACCCAGCCUUAGGCCUCCAUCCAGGUACUCAAGUCCAAUAUGGUGAAGAUUGUAGGUAAAUCUCUGCAUUAAGCAUCUUUGCAUAACUGUGUAUCAUUUUCAUAUGACUUUGUAUUAUGCCUCUUCAUAUAACCUUGUAUUAAGUCUUUCCAUAUAUAACCUCGUAUCAAGUCCUUUGAUAUAGGAACUUUGUAUCAAAUCCUUAUAUAGAAACUUUGUAUUGAGCCUUGGUAUAAUGUUAUAGUCCUAAGGAUAGUUAAGGUAGAAGAAAAAUGUCUUGUCACUAGGAGUAGAACAUGAUCUCUCCCCUUUUAAUCAAUUCCCCUGUUGAAUGAAUGAGGUAUGGAUGAGUAAGGCGUGGAAGGCAAGCACCUCCAGACAGCUGCAACAGUUGGAGAGGGGAUGGAAGCCGGAUGCAAGAACAAUAGAACCUGUCAAGUGGGCUCAUUAAAGAAGAUCAGACAUAUAGACGGCCUUGGGAGUUAGAAGCGAGCAUCUUCUUUUGAAAACACCCUUUUUGAAAAUAAAUGUGGCAGCAUUAAGACAACACCCUGAAGGAAGCGCCACGAGAUGACCUACUGACACAGACACAGAUUUUGUAUCUGGUAUAGAUUUGCAUGAGAGGGAAGCUGCUAUAAAUGUGAGGUGUCUUGCAGAGGACCCCGGGUCUCAUCUUGUCAACAUCAGAGCAUCGAUCCGGAUCGACAGAAGCCCAGUUACACCCCUCCCCCAUCCAACUCAUCUGACCAGUGAAGUUAAGGGGAGCAACUAGUUGGUAACCACAAGAAGACAGAGUGUGUUUGUGUGUGUGAUUGCCUGAGUGUAAUAUAUAUCAUAUGCAUAUGAUACAGUAUUGAUUGAUACAUGUAUUACCAGUAAAUGUGGCACUUUGCCUUAUCCCCCCAAAAAGAUCCUGUGCAGUACUUUAAGUACAACAAGAUUUCUGAAAAUUUUAUUUCAUCAAAUAAAAGAAAAGGUUCUACCAAUCGCAAAGGAUUGGAUACGUUACCUCCCAGGUUAUUGAAUAUUUCAGAUCUUUCCCAAAUUUGCACAUACAGCCAAUUCUUAUUAACUAAACUAAAAUUUAUUUUAAAAAAGAGAGAGAGUGAGUAUCGUUAAAUCAAUAUACAUACAGACAUGAGUUCAAUUUUUGAGGUUCAUAUUCAUAGCAAAAAUGGUGACCUUUGUAGUUUCAAAGAGUUCCUUUAGAAUUUAGUUCAUAGGUUA